CGGCGGCGGGACACGCCGCGCAGCCCCGGCGGGUCCGGGCGCUGCAGCCGCCGUGUCCCGCACGAGGCACAACGGAUGCCCACCCAGGACAAUGCGUGACAGGGGAGAAGGCUCGUUUUAAGAGAGAGGAUGAAUGGAAGGAAAAAAGGCACGUGAGAAGGAUGGCAAGCCACGCUCCACAAUGACCUCACGCACCAUGUUUUACGGCUCCUCCUCCUCCACCAUGGCCCCACCAUCCAAGAACCGUCUGAAGCGCCAGAGCCGGAUUUUCUCCCAAGUCUUGUACCGGACCCUGAGCUACAAGGACCGGAGCUCAGCAUCUUCCUCCCCAGCACCCAAUGAGGACGACCCAGCCGAGCUCUCCACCCAGCUCUCUGUCCCCGGCAUCCUGAAGAUCUUUGGGGGCAACAUCUGCGCGGGCACCAACUACAAGAGCGUGCUGGUGACGGGCAGCUCGGGCGCACGGGAGCUGGUGAAGGAAGCGCUGGAGCGCUAUGGGCUGAGCCAGCUCAGCGCCGGGCAGUACGCCCUGUGCGAUGUGAUCGGCAGGUUCGAGGGCCCCGACAAGCAGUGGCAGACGGAAGGGCUGAGGGUGCUCGGUGACCACGAGAAGCCGCUGCUCAUCCAGGACCUGUGGAAGCCCAGGGAGGGCUUCUCGAGGCGGCUGGAGCUGCGCAAGAGGGCAGAAGUGGAGGAGAUGGCAGCCAGGGAUGUGGACACCACCACUGCAGGCAUCAACGCCCAGGCGCGGAAGCUGCAGCGGCACCGGGCGCGGGGGGCCCGGCGGGCACCGGCUGGGGCUGAGCGGCUCGGCCCCCCCCCGGCCCUGCGGCGCAGCCUCAGCGAGACCAGCCUGGGCAUCCCGGCCCGGAGGGUCGGUACCGGGGCCGGUCCCGGGGAGCGGGUCCAGCGGCACUGCUCCACCCUGCCCGGGAGCCCGGCGGCGGCGCGGAGCGGCGGCAGCAGCAGCAGCAGCAGCAGCAGCAUGCGGUACUCCCUCUACCAGUCCCCGCACCUCCUGCUCCUGCAGGGCUACAGCCAGCAGCAUGACAGCCUGGUUUACCUGCUGAACCGCGAGCAGCACACGGUGGGCCAGAGGACGCAGGCGAGCAAGCCCAGCAUCAGCCUGUCAGCCCCCGACAUCCUGCCCCUGCACUGCACCAUCAGGAAGCUCCGACCUUCCCGGCAUUGCUCGGAGGAGAAGCUGGUGCUGGAGCCCAUCGCCGGUGCCGGCAUCUCCAUCAACUUCACCGAGGUGGCCCGGACGGUCGUGCUGCAGCACGGGGACCUCCUCUCCCUCGGUCUCUACUACCUGCUCCUCUAUAAGGACCCCAUGAAGGCGCAGCCGCUGCCAGCACAGACCCUGCUGAGGCUGCGAGCCCUGCACCCCGCUGUCUCCGAGGGUCGCCCUGUCUGCAGGGCAUGCGGCAGCCUGCUGAGGGACCCCGCCACCAAAAAGAGGGGUCCCUCGCCUGCCGCCGGCCCCAGGGCACCCCGCAGGAAGCUGCUGCUGGAGUUCGAGCCGGCGGCUGAGGACGUGCUGCUGCGACGCAUCAUGACCCUGAUCGAGCCCGGUGGGGACGACCACAAGCUGACACCCGCCUUCCUGCUCUGCCUCUGCAUCCAGCACUCGGCCACCAGCUUCGAGCCGGGAGACUUCGGGCAGCUGCUGCUCAAAGUGGCCAAAAUGAUCCAGAGGACGGUGUGGGAGCGGACACGGGAGCUGGCCGAAAAGCAGUCCCAGCACCAGGACCCUGCCACCCUGUCCCACUUCUCCGUCACGGACCUUCUCCCAGACCUGCAGCACAUCCUCUUCUGGAUGGCCAACGCUAUUGAGAUCCUUUACUUCAUCCAGCAGAAAUCACCCACCUAUAUCCAGAGCAUGGAGGAGGAGCUGGACAUCAGAGGCUCCAAGGAGUCUCUUUUCUCCUCGACCAUCACAGCCAGCGAGGAGGCGAUGACGGUGCUGGAGGAGGUGAUCAUGUACACCUUCCAGCAGUGUGUCUACUACAUCUCCAAGUGUCUGUACGUGUCUCUCCCUGCGCUGCUGGAGUGCAACCCCUUCCAGAAUGAGUGCAGGGAGAGCUGGCGUGCGAACCCAUCGCUGCCCGAGGAGCUCCGCAGGGUUGUACUCAUCUACCAGGCAGCGCUGGACCUGCUGCGCCAGUACGAAGUGCACCCCGAGAUCACCUCCCAGAUGUUCGCCUACCUCUUCUUCUUCUCCAACACCCUGCUCUUCAACCAGCUCCUGGAUAAGGGCUCCUCUCUUGGCUGCUUCCACUGGUCACAGGGGGUGAAGCUUCGUGCCAGCGUGCGGCUGCUCCUCGACUGGUUGCGUGGCGCUGGCUUCGAGCAGCUCGCCCAGCAGUUCUUUGCCAAACUUGCCAACGUGGCCAACCUGCUGGCCAUGCCCGGCUCCCAGCUGGUGCAGAUGACCUGGGCAUCCCUGCGAGCCGAGUUCCCUGCGCUGAGCCCCGCGCAGCUCCACCGGGUGCUGAGCCAGUGCGAGGCGGUGAUGGAUGUGGGCUGCAUCGCAGCGUGGCAGCCCAGCGAGGAGGAGAGCCCGGCCACCUUCCAGCCCGAUGAGAUGUUGGAGUCCUUUGACAACCACCCUCCCAUCAUCCUGCCUAGCGCGGGCUUCAAAGUGGACCUGGAGGUGGAGACGUUGGAUGACAACAUCUACAGGCACCUCCUUUACAUCCGCCACUUCCUCUGGAGCCUGCAGAGCAAGAGUCCCAGCACCAGCGACCGGCCGGGCUCAGCACCCCCAAAGGAAGAGGCAUGCACGACAGCAGAUGUCCUGGAGGUGAGCAGGAGCCCUGCUGCUGCCUUGGGGAGCACCAUCACCCAGGAGGACCAUUGCACCGAGCCAGAGGGGAGCCCCUUGCUCUGCCUGGCCACCAAUGGCUGCCCCUGUGAGCACCCCGACAGUGAGCCCCAGCUCCAGGAGAGGCUCCAGCAGCUGCAGCUGGGCAGGGGCCUGCCCCCCAAGGCUGGACCAGCACCCACAGACCCCUCCUGCCUCCUGACACCCCCCACCACCCCAUUGAACUUCGACUCCCUCAGCCCAGAGUCCCCGCAGGGCACCGGCAAGGGGCUGCAGGACCCUCGGAGGAACGGGAUGAAUGGCACCAAAAGCAGCACUCCUGAAGGAUGCUCACCGACCCCCUAUGACUACCCCACACCAGAGUCUUCCAGCCGCAGCUCUGCCACCGAUGAUUUCUGCUACGUCUUCGUGGUGGAGCUGGAGAGAGGACCCAUCGGGCUGGGGAUGGGGCUGAUUGAUGGCUUGCACACUCCUCUCUGCUCCCCUGGGAUCUACAUCCGCACGCUGAUCGAGGACAGCCCUGCGGCUGCGGAUGGCAGGCUCUCCAUUGGGGACCGCAUCCUGGCUGUCAAUGGCACCAGUCUCAUCGGGGCAGACUACCAAAGUGCCGUGGACCUCAUCCGCUCCGGAGGGAAGAAGCUGCGGUUCCUGGUUGCCAAGUCGGACAUGGAAAUAGCCAAAAAAAUCAGUUCCAGCUCAUCUUCCUCCUAGUCCCUGUGGCACGAGGGUCCUUCUGCAGCAGCUUGUGGGUGCAGCUCUGGUUCAGGCUGACCCUGGGGAGCCUGGAGUGCAAAAGGGAGGACCGGGACUCCACAACCGCCCUUGAUUUGCUUAUCGACACCUCACCCCUGCACUGCAGCGGAUGAAAGGACAAGCAAGGGAGGUGCACGCUGCUCCCAGUGCACUUACUGGGAGCAUUAUUCCUGAUCUCUUGCCCAGCUUCACCUUGUACUAUGUAUCAACCUUCUCAGGAGCUUGCCUGGUCCUUUGUCCCCUCUGGCAGGGGGCAGGAAGGGGAUGCUCCCUUCACAGCUCCUCCAUUCCUCUAGGCUGGCAGCCCUGCGUGAUUUCUCCAUGCUGGCAGGUGGAAGGCUUGAAACACCUUUGGGAUUUAAAGGUUGGCAUGUGGGGCAGGCCUGGGUUUUGCCUGUGGCAGUGACCACUGGAGGUGCUGGCAUAGCAGGCUGGAAAAGGGUGCCCAGCUUUGAGAAUGGUAAAGCAGCAUAAGCAUCCAGAAGCAGGAUUCGAAGUGGGAUGCAUUGCUAGAAGAUCAAGUUCCCUGGUGCCAUGUCCUAUGUCAGGUGCCUUUCUGCUGCUUGGCUAUAACCACACUGCCCCCAGGCCUGCUUUGGGAUGGGAAGCAGCUACAGCAAAGGGCUGACACCACCAGCAGUUCCCUGUGAGCCCUGGGGAGAGCCCCUGAAGAAGAUGCUCUUGCCCUUGCUCAUGCAGCAGAUGUACUGCCUGGCUCUGGCACCAUGAUCCUGGCAGAAGGAGCCUAGGACUAACCCAGCAGAGACUUUGCCCACACAGAAGCUGUUGCCCUGUCCAAGGCCACCAGGAACCUGAGUGAGCCCAGCAGCAUCCUGACACUAGUCCAGGCGGACAAAUGACGUCUUGACACCAUGUCCUGGUGUCCCUCCAGCUUUGCAAGGCCAUUGUAAGGCCACCCUGUUUCCUGCCCAGCUCAGAGCAUCUCAGAAGUGCGUGCUGAUGGGUGCUGAUGGGCAGCAGGAGCUCCCCUUUGGAAGGUCAGUCUUGAACAUCCCAAAGGAGCUGGUAGUUGCUCCAGCAGUGGUGUCAGCAGAGCCGAGGUGGCAGCUCCACCGUGUGGCUGCCUCUUGCCUGCCAAGUCCUCUCUGUGUUUUUAACACCAUUCACAGGAUAAACCUGACCUCAUUUCCACAUAUAGACUGAUACCGAGACCUAGUUUAGCCAAACCCUAUUAGAACAGCCUGCCACAGAGCCCUGCAUCACACUCUGCACUUAAACCAGCACGGUUUAGCUCUGGAAGCAAACCAGAUAUUCACACAGCAUCUCACAACAACAGUGCUCUGAGGACUGUGAUGCUAAAAAAGGGAUGUUCAACAGGGUUGGCCUUAAUUAAACCUCACUGCUGUAGUUUUGGUUUCUGGGCUUAGUCUUGCACUUUGCAGGAGGGAUGUCAAAAUAAUCUACACAGGAGAAGUACUCCAGUACUGGAUUUCUACCCAGCCUGGCCUGCCUUUUCCAGGGCACAACGGACUAAGCACUUUCACUGAGACACUAGUGCCUUGCUUUGCUGCUAGGCCGUGCUCAUGCCAACCAGCCUGGGGUGCUGCCCCAGCAGGGACUGGGAGCAAUGCAUCUCUCCCGCCACUGACUUGGCUGUACCAGGCAGGCAGGCAGGCAAAGGCUCAGGGCCUCACAGUGCUCAUGGUGAUUCACUCCAGUGUAUCAUGCAAGUAUGUCGGCCACUCAUCCUCCAAGGAGCUCAGCAGGUUUGCAGGGCAAGAAAUAGGCUGCCAGGGCCCUUGGGCAAGCUGCAUGCACUCCUCACUCCCCUCUGCCCCGGAGCCAGGGCUUUGGGGGAGGCUCAGUUUGCACUAGACAGUACUAGGGCUGCACCCUGGCAAGUUCCAGUGGUACCAAUGCAACCCUCUGCUCCCCACCAAGCCUGACUCCAGGCAUCCCUGGAGGUGGGAAUCAGCCCCAGAGCUGCGUGUUGCUCACAGUGCAGUCAGGCAUUGAAACAGACUGUAAAUAAACCCUGCUAAUAUACUAGCGUGCAUGAGGGCUUGCUUCUCCUGGGAGGAGCAGUGGGAUGCAUUUACUUCCCCUAUUUGUUAAUACUGUACAGCUCAAAUGUGUAUAAACUUCUGGUGAAGAUACAGAACACAGCAUGGCGCCUGUUUGACACGGGGGUGAUGUAUGCUAAGAAAUGCUCUUGGUGUCAACAAUAAACUGGAUCAAUAAAUCUCUCUAAGCUCUGG